UUGGAGAGAAAAGUCAAGCGCCUAGAGUUGCAUUAUUGAAGGAUUCAGUGGGCAAAAAAUUGAGUGACUUUGGAAGCAUUAAAAGAUGGAAGAAAUACACAAAAUCGCUGUACCAAAAAGAAUUGGCUGACAUCCAUUUCAGGAGGUAGUAUAUGAUCAAGAACUGCUAUUAAUGAAAGACGAAAUUCAGGGUAUACUGAAUUUGAUGAAAAACAAGGCUUCAGGAAUUCCAACCGAGAUGCUUCAACAAAUGAAUGCAAUGCUGGAAGCUCUUCCUUGUCUAUGUCAAUUAGUUUGGAAGACAGAGAUCCACAUUUUGUGCCCAUUCCAAAGAAAGGUGAUAAAACGGAAUGUGAAAGUUAUCAAACAGUAUCAUUAAUAUCACGUGCUAACAAAAUGUUGCUAAAGAUAAUUCAAAAGCAACUGCCGCUGUACAGGAACUACCAGAAGUUAAAGCUGGAUUCAGAAGAGGUUGUUGAACAAAGGAUAUCAUUCCUGAUGUCAGAUGGCUCUUGACUGAAAGCAGAGAAUACCAGAAAGAUGUUUGUUGCCGUUGAGUCAGUUCCAACUUGUGGUGACCUCAUGUGUGCAGAAUGGAACUGCUCCGUGGAGCUUUCAAGACUGUGACCUUGAAGAAGCAGAUGGUCCAAGUGUAGCCCAGGAUGGCUGCAGCUUCAUAUGAUCAGUUGUUAAAGCAAGUUGAGGCACUGAAGAUGGAGAACUCAAAUCUUCGACAAGAGCUAGAAGAUAAUUCCAAUCAUCUUACAAAACUGGAAACUGAGGCAUCUAAUAUGAAGGAAGUACUUAAGCAGCUACAAGGAAGUAUUGAAGAUGAAGCUAUGGCUUCUUCUGGACAGAUUGACUUACUAGAACGACUUAAAGAACUUAACUUAGAUAGCAGUAAUUUCCCUGGAGUGAAACUACGGUCAAAAAUGUCCCUCCGUUCUUACGGAAGCCGGGAAGGAUCUGUUUCAAGUCGUUCAGGAGAGUGCAGUCCUGUUCCUAUGGGUUCAUUUCCAAGAAGAACAUUUGUAAACGGAAGCAGAGAAAGUACUGGAUAUUUAGAGGAACUUGAGAAAGAAAGAUCAUUACUUCUUGCUGAUCUUGACAAGGAAGAGAAAGAAAAAGAUUGGUAUUAUGCUCAACUUCAGAAUCUCACUAAAAGAAUAGAUAGUCUUCCUUUAACUGAAAAUUUUUCUUUACAAACAGAUAUGACCAGAAGGCAAUUGGAAUAUGAAGCAAGGCAAAUCAGAGUUGCAAUGGAGGAACAACUGGGUACUUGCCAGGAUAUGGAAAAACGAGCACAGCGAAGAGUAACCAGGAUUCAACAAAUAGAGAAGGACAUACUUCGUAUACGACAGCUUUUGCAGUCCCAAGCAACAGAAGCAGAGAGAUCAUCUCAGAGCAAGCAUGAAGCAGGCUCUCAUGAAGCGGAGCGGCAGAAUGAAGGUCAAGGAGUGGCAGAAAUCAGCAUGGCAACUUCUGGUAGCGGUCAGGGUUCGGCUGCACGAAUGGACCAUGAGACAGCCAGUGUUUUGAGUUCUAGUAGCACACACUCUGCUCCUCGAAGGCUGACAAGUCAUCUGGGAACCAAGGUGGAAAUGGUGUAUUCAUUGUUGUCAAUGCUUGGUACUCAUGAUAAGGAUGAUAUGUCACGAACUUUGCUAGCUAUGUCUAGCUCCCAAGACAGCUGUAUAUCCAUGCGACAGUCUGGAUGUCUUCCUCUCCUCAUCCAGCUUUUACAUGGCAAUGACAAAGACUCUGUAUUGUUGGGAAAUUCCCGGGGCAGUAAAGAGGCUCGGGCCAGGGCCAGUGCAGCACUCCACAACAUCAUUCACUCACAGCCUGAUGACAAGAGAGGCAGGCGUGAAAUCCGAGUCCUUCAUCUUUUGGAACAGAUACGAGCUUACUGUGAAACCUGUUGGGAGUGGCAGGAAGCCCAUGAACAAGGCAUGGACCAGGACAAAAAUCCAAUGCCUGCCCCUGUUGAACAUCAGAUCUGUCCUGCCGUGUGUGUUCUAAUGAAACUGUCAUUUGAUGAGGAGCAUAGACAUGCAAUGAAUGAACUUGGUAGGAAGGCUACCCGGGGCAUUUCAUCACAGGAGCUAGGGCAGGGGCUUUCAGGAGGACUACAGGCUAUUGCAGAAUUAUUGCAAGUGGACUGUGAGAUGUAUGGGCUUACUAAUGACCACUACAGUGUUACUUUAAGACGAUAUGCUGGAAUGGCUUUGACAAACUUAACUUUCGGAGAUGUAGCCAACAAGGCUACUCUGUGCUCUAUGAAAGGCUGCAUGAGAGCGCUUGUGGCUCAACUAAAAUCUGAAAGCGAAGACUUGCAGCAGGUUAUUGCAAGUGUUUUGAGGAAUUUGUCUUGGCGAGCAGAUGUAAAUAGUAAGAAGACAUUGCGUGAAGUUGGAAGUGUGAAAGCAUUGAUGGAAUGUGCUUUGGAAGUUAAAAAGGAAUCAACCCUCAAAAGCGUACUGAGUGCCUUAUGGAAUUUGUCAGCACAUUGCACUGAGAAUAAAGCUGAUAUAUGUGCUGUAGACGGUGCGCUUGCAUUUUUGGUUGGCACUCUCACUUACCGGAGCCAGACAAAUACUUUAGCAAUUAUUGAAAGUGGAGGUGGGAUACUACGCAAUGUGUCUAGCUUGAUAGCUACAAAUGAGGACCACAGGCAAAUCUUAAGAGAGAACAACUGCUUACAAACCUUAUUACAACACUUAAAAUCUCACAGUUUGACAAUAGUGAGUAAUGCAUGUGGAACCUUGUGGAAUCUCUCAGCAAGAAAUCCUAAAGACCAAGAAGCAUUAUGGGACAUGGGGGCAGUUAGCAUGCUCAAGAACCUCAUUCAUUCAAAGCACAAAAUGAUUGCAAUGGGAAGUGCUGCAGCUUUAAGGAAUCUCAUGGCAAACAGACCCGCAAAGUAUAAGGAUGCCAAUAUUAUGUCUCCUGGUUCAAGCCUGCCAUCUCUUCAUGUUAGGAAACAAAAAGCCCUCGAAGCAGAAUUAGAUGCUCAGCAUUUAUCAGAAACUUUUGACAAUAUUGACAAUUUAAGUCCCAAGACAUCUCAUCGUAGUAAGCAGAGACACAAGCAGAAUCUCUAUGGUGACUAUGUUUUUGACGCCAAUCGGCACGAUGAUAAUAGAUCAGACAAUUUUAAUGCUGGAACCAUGACUGUCCUUUCACCAUAUUUAAAUGCUACAGUGUUGCCUAGCUCCUCUUCAUCAAGAGGAAGUUUAGAUAGUUCUCGUUCUGAAAAAGAUAGAAGUUUGGAGAGAGAGCGAGGACUUGGCCUAGGCACCUACCAUCCAGCAACAGAAAAUCCAGGAACCUCUUCAAAGCGAAGUUUGCAGAUCUCCACUACUGCAGCCCAGAUUGCCAAAGUCAUGGAGGAAGUGUCAGCCAUUCAUACCCCUCAAGAAGACAGAAGUUCUGGGUCAACCAGUGAAUCACAUUGUGUAACAGAUGAGAGAAAUGCACUGAGAAGAAGCUCUGCUGCCCACACGCAUUCAAAUACCUACAACUUCACUAAGUCAGAAAAUUCAAAUAGGACAUGUCCUAUGCCUUAUGCUAAAUUGGAAUAUAAGAGAUCUUCGAAUGAUAGUUUAAAUAGUGUCAGUAGUAGUGAUGGUUAUGGUAAAAGAGGUCAAAUGAAACCCUCAAUUGAAUCUUAUUCUGAAGACGAUGAAAGCAAAUUUUGCAGUUAUGGUCAGUAUCCAGCUGACCUAGCCCAUAAAAUACAUAGUGCAAAUCAUAUGGAUGAUAAUGAUGGAGAAUUAGAUACACCAAUAAAUUAUAGUCUUAAAUAUUCAGAUGAGCAGUUGAACUCUGGAAGGCAAAGUCCUUCACAGAAUGAAAGAUGGGCAAGACCCAAACACAUAAUAGAAGAUGAAAUAAAACAAAGUGAGCAAAGGCAAUCAAGGAGUCAGAGUACAACUUUUCCCGUAUAUAGUGAGAGCACUGAUGAUAAACACCUCAAGUUCCAACCACAUUUUGGACAGCAAGAAUGUGUUUCCCCAUAUAGGUCAAGGGGAGCCAAUGGUUCAGAAACUAAUCGAGUGGGUUCUAGUCAUGGAAUUAAUCAAAACGUAAACCCGUCUUUGUGUCAGGAAGAUGAUUAUGAAGAUGAUAAGCCAACCAACUAUAGCGAACGUUACUCUGAGGAAGAGCAGCAUGAAGAAGAGAGACCAACAAAUUACAGCAUAAAAUAUAACGAAGAGGAGCAUCAUGUGGAUCAACCUAUUGAUUACAGUUUAAAAUAUGCCUCAGAUAUCCCAGCCCCACAGAAACCAUCAUUUUCAUUCUCAAAGAGUUCAUCUGGACAAAGUACUAAAACUGAACACAUCUCUUCAAGCAGUGAGAAUGCAUCCCCACCGUCAUCUAAUGCCAAGAGGCAAAAUCAGCUUCAUCCAAGUUCAGCACAAAGCAGAAGUGGUCAGGCCCAAAAAGCUACCUCUUGCAAAGUUCCCUCUAUCAACCAAGAAACAAUACAGACUUACUGUGUAGAAGAUACCCCAAUAUGUUUUUCAAGGUGUAGUUCAUUAUCAUCUUUGUCAUCAGCUGAAGAUGAAAUAGGAUGUGAUCAGACAACACAGGAAACAGAUUCUGCUAAUACUCUGCAAAUAGCAGAACUGAAAGAAAACAGCGGAACUAGAUCAACUGAGGAAACUGUGAGUGAAGUUCCAGCAGUGUCUCAGCACAUUAGGACCAAAUCCAACAGACUCCAGGCUUCUGGUUUAUCAUCCUCAGAAUCAACCAGGCACAAGGCUGUUGAAUUUUCUUCUGGGGCUAAAUCGCCAUCAAAGAGUGGUGCUCAGACACCUAAAAGUCCACCAGAGCACUACGUUCAGGAGACUCCACUCAUGUUUAGCAGAUGUACUUCUGUCAGUUCACUUGAUAGUUUUGAGAGUCGUUCGAUUGCUAGCUCUGUUCAGAGCGAACCCUGCAGUGGAAUGAUAAGUGGCAUUAUAAGCCCCAGUGACCUUCCAGAUAGCCCUGGACAAACCAUGCCACCAAGCAGAAGUAAAACCCCUCCUCCUCCUCCUCAAACAGUUCAGACUAAGCGAGAGGCAUCUAAAAAUAAAGUACCUAAUGCUGAAAAGAGAGAGAGUGGACCUAAGCAAGCUGCUAUAAAUGCUGCAGUUCAGAGGGUCCAAGUUCUCCCAGAUGCUGAUACGUUAUUACAUUUUGCCACAGAAAGCACUCCAGAUGGAUUUUCCUGUUCGUCUAGCCUGAGUGCUCUGAGUGUCGAUGAACCGUUUAUACAGAAAGAUGUGGAAUUAAGAAUAAUGCCUCCAGUUCAGGAAAAUGACAAUGGGAAUGAAACAGAAUCUGAGCAGCCUGAAGAAUCAAAUGAAAACCAAGAAAAAGAGGUAGAGAAACCUACUGACUCUGAAAAGGAUCUGUUGGAUGAUUCAGAUGAUGAUGAUAUUGAAAUAUUAGAAGAAUGUAUUAUAUCUGCCAUGCCAACAAAUUCAUCACGCAAAGACAAAAAGCCAGCCCAGACUGCUUCAAAAGUACCUCCACCUGUAGCAAGGAAACCAAGUCAGCUUCCUGUGUACAAACUUCUGCCAUCACAAAACAGGUUACAAACACAAAAGCAUGUGAUGCCCCGGGUAUACUGUGUAGAAGGGACACCUGUAAACUUUUCCACGGCUACUGCUCUAAGUGAUCUAACAAUGGAAUCCCCUCCAAAUGAAUUAGCUGCUGGAGAAGGGGUUAGAGCAGGGGCACAGUCAGGUGAAUUUGAAAAACGGGAUACCAUACCUACAGAGGGCAGAAGUACAGAUGAGGCUCAAAGAGGAAAACCAUCUAUAACCAUACCUGAACUGGAUGACAAUAAGACAGAGGAAGGUGAUAUUCUUGCAGAAUGCAUUAAUUCUGCUAUGCCCAAAGGAAAAAGUCACAAGCCUUUCCGUGUGAAAAAGAUCAUGGACCAGGUCCAACAAGCAUCUGCAUCGUCAUCUGGAACCAACAAAAACCAAUUAGAUGGUAAGAAAAAGAAACCUACUUCACCAGUAAAGCCUAUACCACAAAAUACUGAAUAUAGGACACGUGUAAGAAAAAAUACAGAGACAAAAAAUAAUUUAAAUGCUGAAAGAACUUUCUCAGACAACAAAGACUCAAAGAAACAGAGCUUGAAAAAUAACUCUAAGGAUUUGAAUGAUAAGCUGCCAAAUAAUGAAGAUCGAGUUAGAGGAAGCUUUGCUUUUGAUUCACCUCAUCAUUACACACCUAUUGAAGGAACUCCUUACUGCUUUUCACGAAAUGAUUCUUUGAGUUCUCUAGAUUUUGAUGAUGACGAUGUUGACCUUUCCAGAGAAAAGGCUGAAUUAAGAAAGGGGAAAGAAAAUAAGGAAUCAGAAGCUAAAGUCACCAGCCACACAGAAUUAACCUCAAACCAACAAUCAGCUAAUAAGACACAGGCUGUUACAAAACAGCCAGUGAAUCGAGGUCAGUCUAAGCCCACACUGCAGAAGCAAUCCACUUUUCCCCAGUCAUCCAAAGACAUACCAGACAGAGGGGCAGCCACUGAUGAAAAAUUACAGAAUUUUGCUAUUGAAAAUACUCCAGUUUGCUUUUCUCGUAAUUCUUCCCUGAGUUCUCUCAGUGACAUUGACCAAGAAAACAACAACAACAAAGAAAAUGAACCUGUCAAAGAGACUGAGCCCCCUGACUCACAAGGCGAACCCAGUAAACCUCAGGCAUCAGGUUAUGCGCCUAAAUCAUUUCAUGUUGAAGAUACCCCUGUUUGUUUCUCGAGAAACAGUUCUCUCAGUUCUCUUAGUAUUGAUUCUGAAGAUGACCUUUUACAGGAAUGUAUAAGUUCUGCAAUGCCAAAAAAGAAGAAGCCUUCCAGACUGAAGGGUGAUAAUGAAAAGCAUAGCCCUAGAAAUAUGGGGGGUAUAUUAGCAGAAGAUUUGACACUUGAUUUGAAAGAUACACAGAGACCAGAUUCAGAACAUGGUUUAUCCCCUGAUUCAGAAAAUUUUGAUUGGAAAGCUAUUCAGGAAGGUGCAAAUUCCAUAGUGAGUAGUUUACAUCAAGCUGCUGCUGCUGCUUGUUUAUCUAGACAGGCUUCAUCUGAUUCAGAUUCCAUCCUUUCGCUGAAAUCAGGAAUCUCGUUGGGAUCACCAUUUCAUCUCACACCUGAUCAAGAGGAAAAACCCUUUACAAGUAAUAAAGGCCCACGAAUUCUAAAACCUGGGGAGAAAAGUACAUUGGAAACUAAAAAGAUAGAAUCUGAAAAUAAAGGAAUCAAAGGAGGAAAAAAAGUUUUUAAAAGUUUGAUUACUGGAAAAGUUCGAUCUAAUUCAGAAGUUUCAAGCCAAAUGAAACAGCCCCUUCAAACAAACAUGCCUUCAAUUUCUCGAGGUAGGACAAUGAUUCAUAUUCCAGGAGUUCGAAAUAGCUCUUCAAGUACAAGUCCUGUUUCUAAAAAAGGCCCACCCCUUAAGACUCCAGCCUCCAAAAGUCCUAGUGAAAGUCAGACAGCCACCACUUCUCCUAGAGGAGCCAAGCCUUCAGUAAAGUCAGAAUUAAGCCCUGUUACCAGGCAGACAUCCCAACCAGGUGGGUCAAAUAAAGGACCUUCUAGAUCAGGAUCUAGAGAUUCCACUCCUUCAAGACCUGCCCAGCAACCAUUAAGUAGACCUGUGCAGUCUCCAGGGCGAAACUCAAUUUCUCCUGGUAGAAACGGAAUAAGUCCUCCUAAUAAAUUAUCUCAGUUGCCAAGGACAUCAUCCCCUAGUACUGCUUCAACUAAGUCCUCGGGGUCUGGGAAGAUGUCAUAUACAUCCCCAGGAAGACAAAUGAGCCAACAGAACCUUGCCAAACAAACAGGUUUUCCCAAGAAUGGCAGUAGUAUCCCAAGAAGUGAGUCUGCGUCCAAAGGGCUAAAUCAGAUGAGUAAUAGCAAUGGAUCCAAUAAAAAGGUAGAACUUUCUAGAAUGUCUUCAACUAAAUCUAGUGGAAGUGAAUCUGAUAGAUCAGAGAGACCCAUAUUAGUACGCCAGUCAACUUUCAUCAAAGAAGCUCCAAGCCCAACCCUAAGGAGAAAACUGGAGGAAUCUGCUUCAUUUGAAUCUCUUUCUCCAUCUUCUAGACCAAAUUCUCCCACUAGGUCCCAGGCACAGACCCCUGUUUUAAGUCCUUCACUUCCUGAUAUGUCUCUAUCCACACAUUCGUCUGUUCAGCCUGGUGGAUGGCGAAAACUCCCACCUAACCUCAGUCUUACUGUAGAGUAUAAUGAUGGAAGGCCAGCAAAGCGCCAUGAUAUAGCACGCUCCCAUUCUGAAAGUCCUUCCAGACUUCCAAUCAACAGAUCAGGAACCUGGAAACGUGAGCACAGCAAACAUUCAUCGUCCCUUCCUCGCGUAAGCACUUGGAGAAGAACUGGAAGUUCAUCCUCAAUUCUUUCUGCUUCAUCAGAGUCCAGUGAAAAAGCAAAAAGUGAGGAUGAAAAACAUGUGAACUCUAUUUCAGCAACCAAGCAAACUAAAGAAAACCACGUACCCACAAAAGGAACAUGGAGAAAAAUAAAAGAAAGUGAAAUUUCUCCCACAAAUAGUACUUCCCCGACCACUUCCUCAGGUGCUACAAAUGGUGCUGAGUCAAAGACUCUAAUUUAUCAAAUGGCACCUGCUGUUUCUAAAACAGAAGAUGUUUGGGUGAGAAUUGAGGACUGUCCCAUUAACAAUCCUAGAUCCGGAAGAUCUCCCACAGGAAAUACUCCCCCAGUGAUUGACACUGUUUCAGAAAAAGGAGAUCCAAACGUUAAAGAUUCAAAAGAUAAUCAGGGAAAACAGGAUGUGGGUAAUGGCAGUGCUCCUGUACGCACCAUGGGUUUGGAAAACCGCAGGAACUCUUUUAUUCAGGUAGACAGCCCAGACCAAAAAGGAACUGAGGCAAAAGCGGGACAAAGUAAUGCUGUCCCUGCACCAGAGAAUAGUGAAAGCUCUAUAGCUGAGCGUACCCCAUUCAGUUCUAGCAGCUCAAGCAAACACAGUUCACCUAGUGGGACCGUUGCUGCUAGAGUGACUCCUUUUAAUUAUAACCCAAGCCCUAGGAAAAGCAGUGCAGAUAGCACUUCAGCCCGGCCAUCUCAGAUCCCGACACCAGUGAAUAACAACACAAAGAAACGAGAUUCAAAAACUGACAACACAGAAUCCAGUGGAACUCAAAGUCCUAAGCGCCAUUCUGGGUCUUACCUUGUGACAUCUGUUUAAAAGAGCUGGAAUGAUGAAACUAAGAAAAUUAUGUGUUAAUUACAACUGCUAUGUAGAAAUUUUGUUUCAAAUGAAACUUUAAAAGACUGAAAAUUUUUGUAAAUAGGUUUGAUUCUUGUUAGAGGGUUUUUGUUCUGGAAGCCAUAUAUGAUAGUAUACUUAGUCUUCACUGGUCUUAUUUUGGGAGGCACACUUGAUAGUUAGGAAGAAAAUGGUAAAGCCAAGUAUAUUUGUACAGUAUGUUUUACAUGUAUUUAAAUAGCAUCCCAUACCAUCAUCCUUUAAUUAUUGCUUGUCUUAAAAUAAUGAACACUACAGAUAGAAGAUAUGAUAUAUUGCUGUUAGCAAUCAUUUCUAGAUUAUAAACUGUUCAUCAGGGAGAAAUUGGUAUUUAUGCAAAAAAAAUUGUUUUAGUCUUUGUAAGUCCAUCUAACUUCAUAACUAAUCAUGUGGCUGCGAAAUUCACAGUAAUAUGGUUCCCGAUGAACAAGUUUACCCAGCCUGCUUUGCUCUACUGCAUGAAUGAAACUGAUGGUUCAAUUUCAGAAGUAAUGAUUAACAGUUCUGUGGUUACAUGAUAUGCAUAUAGAUAGCUACACUGUAACAAUUAACACAAUUUUGUGCUAAAAAAAUCUGUGUAACUGUAAAACAUUGAAUGAAACUAUUUUACCUGAACUAGAUUUUAUCUAAAAGUAGGUAGAAUUUUUGCUAUGCUGUAACUUGUAUAUUCUGGUAUUUGAGGUGAGAUGGCUGCUCUUUUAUUAAUGAGACAUGAAUUGUGUCUCAACAGAAACUAAAUGAACAUUUCAGAAUAAAUUAUUGCUGUAUGUAAACUGUUACUGAAAUUGGUAUUUGUUUGAAGGGUCUUAUUUCACAUUUUUAUUAAUUGUCAAAAGGGCCUCUUUUGAAAACUUACAUAAAUCUUUUUCUUCAAAUUCUAUGCAUUAAGAGUUAAAUUCCUCUUACUGUAAUAAAAACAGUUGAAGACUGUUGAUUAUGCAUUGGCACUUAACCAUUCCUGAAUUUUUUCUUUAUGUGAUUAGUACUUCCUGGUGUUUAAUGUCUUUCCACUUACGUUUCCUUUUUCAUAACUCCACUACAGCUCAUUUAAAACAAAAUCAUGUAACAGCAGUGUAGACUGCAUAGCACAGGAUUAAGCAUCUAACCUAAGAAACCUACAUUGUUUCCUUUUUCUUAAUAGGAUUGUAAACUUGGAAAAUUAGCACAGGAUUAAGCAUCUAACCUAAGAAACCUACAUCGUUUCCUUUUUCUUAAUAGGAUUGUAAACUUGGAAAAUUAAUUGAUUAUUCUUAGGUACAAGUAAUCUUUUCUAAGCUUUACAAUGUAAGUGUCUUCUGUCUUCCCCUUCAUCUUCUACCUGUUGGAACUGGGUCUGGAAUAAACACAUUUUAUCACCCUGUAUGUUGGCUAAAUUCCAGCAGUCAAGUGUAAUUAGCACUUUGCCAUACUCAGAAAAUACAAGUCACAUGGAGCUUCAAAGGUAAAGAUUUAAUUAAAAAAAAAAUUUUUUUUUUUUUUAAAGAUAUUCAAAAGAUACAGGCAGUCCCAGGGUUAUUAACGUCUGACUUACAUACAACCCGUAGUUAGACUAACCAAAGCCUCUUUACAUGUAAAGCCUAUUAUAUUCAGAAUUCUAUAUACUGGGCACUGUUUUGUAUGCAUAGAAAGGUACACUAUUUACUAAGACAAACAUUUGACUAGCUGAUGUUAGAUCCAAGCCAUACCUAACUUCCAGCUUAUGUACAAAUGCAAUUUAAAGACAGAUUUAGAAAUGGAACUCAUUCGUAAUCCGAGGACUACCUAUUGAAAAUCCCUUCCUUAAUGAAGGAAAGUAAACACAAAAAUAAUUUACUUAAUGUAUCUUCCUUGAAUUUGCUUUAAAAGAUCAGAGGGUGAGGAUGAUAAAUGCUCACUUUGUUCAACUUAAAUGUUCAGUAAAUGAUAGAAAUCGUUUUUUAAUAAUAAAAUUACUGCACUUGGGAAGGGAAAUGAUUUUUAGGCGUGGUGGGGCCAUGGGGAAGAGGAGGUGAGGGGAAUAAACACACCUACCCACUGCCCAUAAAUCACGUGGUUAAUUACCUAUCUUACCUGUAUUUAUAGCUUACAGAUAAUGAAGAUGAUUUUUUAAGCUACAAUGCCAGUAAAGUGAUGUGAUUUGAACUAAGGUAUAUAUGACUCCCAAGUGCCCUGUACACUUUACACUGCACCACUUUGUAAACGUCUCUGGAAUUCAUCUACAUUUAGAUUUUUGUCCAACUUUAUCUGAAAAAAAUAGUUUGUGAAUAGUAAUACUAAUAUAGUAAAUAGUAAUACCAAUUUAUUCUAUUUAUUGUUCUCAAAGGCUGCCUUAUACAACAGAGAUACAUGCAUAUGGUUUGUAUUUGUGUCUUCCUUUGAUCCUGAUUUUCUAUUUUUCUGAAUUACUGCAUGCCAGUUUUUAUAAACUACUUCAAGUAUCUAUUGAAAAGACAUGGAGUGUAAAUCAACUAGAAUAAAAUUGCCUUUGGUUCAGGGAAGGGGGAAAAAGUUAUCAGUACUGGAAGUGAAAGAAGGGUGCCUUCCACAUGUUAAAAAAUUCAGGAAUUCCUGUAGCCAACACCUAGACUAGGAGAAGGGCCAAGCAAUCUACAUUGUCCAUCAAGGAAAAGGUUGCUGGAGGAGACUCCGUAGUUACAGAUGAUGGCUCUGAAUUAGUAGAGGGGCAAAUCUCAAUUAUUUCGAAUUUCACAGGGUGCAGACCAAAUAUUCCCAGUUUAUACCUGUUAGAAAUGACAUACUAAGCCCACUGUUGGGAUUAGUUAAAAGUUGUGAUGCCUGUAAAGAAAAGGGGGGUGGGGAGGGGAAAGGGCAGUGGCCUGUCUAGCUUUAGACCAAAGCAAAAAGAAACCCUAAGGCAGUGGUUUUCAGACUAGAGUGCAUUUGAAUCAUCAGAAAUGCUUAUUAAAAUAUCACUGGGCCCCACUCCCACAAUAUCUGAUUCAUUAGAUUUGAGGUUAGGCCCAAGUUUGUAACAAGUUGCCAGGUGAUGCUGAUGUUGCUGGGCUGGGGAGCACACUUCCGAGAAUCUCUGCCCUAAGUUACUAAAAUGAAGCACCUUGAGUGAUUGCUUUCAGCUCUACGUAUUUAUUCCUCUUAACAACUGAACACUUUAAUCUGACAAAGUUACCAGCAAAUCUAAGCUUUUCUAGGUGUUAAAGAUUGAAUAUUGAUCUGAUAUUGUCCAUCUCAACUCCCAGUAAUGGACAAACUUGUCAGACUAAAUGAAUAAACAAGUAAUUCUACAGAUAGUGACUUAUCUGAAGGAAAAGCUCAAGUUCUCCUUUAAACAGUUAUUGUAAAAGGCAGUAACUUUAGCAAAUAUCUUACUUGCAUUUGCCGUAAGUUCAGAAGAGACUAGGAAAAGGGAUUUCUGAGAUGAAGUAAGAUUGAUUUCAAUAAAGUGCCCGGUAUACUAGUUUACAAUGGGAGUGAUUGAUUAACAGCCCGUUAACCAUGGCAAGUCAUAUUGAUAUUUGAGGAUAAACUUUACAAGUUACUUGGGAGGGUAACCUAAUAAUGAAAUAAAAGAUAAGCUUCCUAAGAAUCAAAUAACUAUAUAUACAACUAAAAAAAUUUUUUUAAUUAUAUAAAAUAUUGAUCAUAUUACUGCAAGGUACAAUUGAAGGAUUGAGUCUGUUGCUGAGGAUGGGAGCUAGCUGCAAUAUAAUUGAAUUCGCAGUAUCAUGGGGUUUCUUUGUAUCUAAGAUAGGGAAAGAACAGUGCCACAAUAUAAAAAUUAAAUUACCAGAAAUGAAGAAAGAUUUGAAUAUUCAGAGCAUUAAGACUUGCCAAACAAUGAUUUUUCAAAAGUCAUGGUGGCCAAAAUAGACUGUGUAAAUUAUUUUUAAGUUUUCUGAUGAGCUUAUUUCCUCAUAUUAUGCUGACUUUAAAAUAUUACUUUGAAAAAAAAUUACUUUGUAAUGUUGAAACCUAUGGACUGUGGCUACUGUAAACCCCAGGUCAUUUUUCUGCCAUUCUCAUAACUCUGUUCUGUGUGGUCUGUAAAACUAUAUUCUCGGUUUUGUUGGGCCAUUAAUGCUUCUUUAAACCUGUAUGUUCUAUGUGUAUAAUAUUUUUCUUGGUGCUAAAUACACUCUCUUUCCUCUUGAUAUUCAGGAUAAUUCAUUCUCUAUAUUUGUUACUUAAUUUCUUGAAGUUAUAUUGAUUGUUACCUUUUUAAAUUAAAAAUGUUCAACUUAACGUAUACUAGUGAAGAUGACCAUUGAAUUUAAAGCAACAUUUAGUGGAAAAUAACAGAGAGAUGUCAAACAUUACUUGUCCCACCUACACCACCUUUUGGAAUCCCAACAUUUGGCUCCACUGAUUGGUCACUGAACCAUGUACCCACAGUCUUUCCUCCUGACUGUGGCUGCUUGCAUCAGAAGUGGAUACCUGACCCAGGGGAGACUCGUUGUCGGCUGGUCAGCAAUCGAAGACUCUGUGGCCUGGCUCAAAAAAAAAAAAAAAUUAACUGGGUCAAUCAAUUUGAAUUAAGAGUCACAAAGGAAAUUUCUGGUUGGUGGUUGAGUACUGGAACUGAAAGACCAUGUACAGUUAAGGCUGAGGUUGCUAUGAUUUGCCACAUAAAGCUAAACCUAAAAGAAAGCCAGUCAGAGAGAGGAGAAGGGAACAGAUGAGAGGGAGACAAAAAGAGCAAGUAAGAUGGACUAGAGUCACUAGCUCCUGGGGUUAUCUCAGUCCUGCCAUUUCUGAGACCUAGUUCUAUUUUCUGUGAGUUUAAGACCUCUGUAAAUUUCUAAACCCCCUUUGUUCCAGAAGUAACUUGGAACUAAUAAACUGCAUUUAGAUACGUCUUAAAGAGUUUUUAUUUCAAAAAUAGAGAAAACUUUCUUUAAAAACACCUGUGGAGUGGGGAAUAGUGCCUGCCAAAAAAGGAACAAUAUGCAUAGCUUUUUGAAGGGAGUAGAAAUGUUACCUAAGAAUUCUGUAACCAGCCAAACUAGCAUUCAAUUUCUAUGAAGUACUUGUAUCAAUCAGAUUCUUCUUACAGUUGUAAACAACAAGACCUUCUCUAAAUGACAAGACAUUUACUUAAAGAAUAUUAGGUAGCUUUUUCACAGACUGCUUGGGGACCAGAAAAGCAGCCUUGGAAAUUAUACAACUGGAAACAACACCCAAGCCAUACUGUGAGGCUGCUUCAAUAAAGACCCAGUUGCUGUCCCUCUCGAAACCCUCUGCUGCCAUCCUUGCUCUAAGAUGCAGCACUUGCUUCACACUGCUUGCUUCUAAAUUCAAGUCUUGUCUCAGUGAAAAGGACUGGCAGAGGCGAGGUUACAUGCCUGUGGGGCCUGGGAAAGAGGGGUAUUUCAGAAACACUGGGCAUCCAGAAACCAUGAUGUGUCUACUAUAGUAUUCCAGCUGCCCAAACAAAAUAAGGCACUAAGGAAAGUUUUGAGCAGUAAAGUAGUUAAACUUGAAUAAAUGUGUAAAUAAUCGUGGUUAAUCUGAUAAUGUCAAUGUGAGUGUCUAACUCAAAAGAUGAAAUUUUAAUAGUCUUAAACUCCAGAUUAUUCCAACCCAAACUGGGAAGCAAGGGUUGGAAGGGAGGGAAGAUGUAAAUGCAUGAUAAAUUUCUAAUCAUACGUAGGCCAUGUCAAUAGAUACUAUUUGACUUUAGAAAAAUACAAAUUCAAUUUUUUAACUUAGUAGUAACCCCAAGUGUUAAAAAGAAGUAAAAUUUUCCAUCCAAAUCACUAACCAAAAGAUAGACUACCAAAGAAAAAAGGAAACAAAGAGAGGAAAUUAGCCACAAAGAAGCAUAAAAUGACAGAGUAAAGCCAAAUAAUAAAAAGUAUUAAACA